UGAGAUUUUAAUUUGAAUUGCUAGAUUCAGAUUACAUUUAUUUUCUGUGAUUAGUCAUAGUUGGGUGUGUGUAACAUUUUAACUUGAAUUGUUAUAAUAAAUGAAUCAUUUGGUUUUCAGCUUACAUCACGUUUUGCAUCAUGAUUGAUCUUUCAACCGCUGAUAGUGUUGUAAAAAGGUUUCGUCGUCAGCUACCUAUGUGAACUGAAGCCUGCGUCUCAUGACAGUGAAGCCUGCACAAAGAAUGGUGGAGUGAUAGAUACAGUUUGUCUUAUGAGACUGCUGACUUAAGAGUUGUAUUUGUUUAAAAACCUGAACCAUGGGUAAAAAGAAAAUAGGAGUAUCUGGGUCAAAGAAGAAGACUAGAAAAGAGAAACGCAAAGAACAGAGAAUCCAAAAGAAAGUGAAAAAGAAUGAACAUUACUUCAAGCGUUUCAAGAAAGUGGCUCCUCUUCAUCCUUCUAAAAUACCCAAAGAGCCAAAAGACAAUAUGUUUGGAGACAUUCCAAGACAUCCGCAGAAAGACGACGAAUCACUUUCGGAUGACGAGAUGCCAUCAAAAAUUCACCCGCAAGAAAAAAGCCUCGUCGAAAAGAUUCGUGAAGCAUCAGAAAAGUCGAAAAUCCUAGCAGAAAAGAGAAAAGUGUCUGAAAGAAAGGCAAGAAAUGCACAACUUCGAGAGGCUAAUAAAGCUGAGGAGAAGCAAAUAAAGCAUUUGUCAACGCUGAUGAAGAUGAACAAAAGGAAGAAAAAAGGAAAAACACCAUCUUUGCCUAAAAUAUUUGCUUCGGAUGGAUUGGACUAUCUUCUGGACGUGACUGAUCCGGAGAAGCUGAAAGACAUGAAGGGGGAGGAGCCCGCCUUCGAUGACGAUGAGGGCGAGGGCGACUUCGAGAGAGACCUUGCGCUGGCGACCGGUGCCGGUGGUAAAACACCCCAGGGCAAAACGGAGGGCAGCGAUGACGAAGGCGAUAUGUCUGACGAAAUUUCAGGAGAGUCUGAGCCAGAGAAUGAAGAUGAAGAACAAGGAAGUGAAAAUGAUGCUGGAGAGGAAGAGGAAGAGGAUGUUGAAUCAGAUGAAGAACUGGCAGGAUCUGGUUUGGGUGAGGAUGAGAAGGAAAAUGUCAGUGCUGGUGAAGAAGACGAUGUUGGAUCCGAUUUUGAUAUGCUAGAGGGCGGCUCAGAUUCUGAAGCAGAUGAUUCAGAGGAAGAGUCGGAACAGUCACCAGAGAAGUCCAAGAAGGAGCUGAAACGGAAACUGGAUGAAGUGGAAGAUGAAGAAGAGGAAGUAUCCGAGCAGAAGAAGACAAAAAAGAAGAAGCGGAAGGACGAUACCAAGGAGGACGAUAACGAUGGAGUUUGGGAAGACAUCUACGGAAGAAUGCGCGGCAAGGAUGGCUCCAUUCUCACCGGGGUGGGCUCCGACUCAGCCACCAGCGCCGCCGCCGCCGCGCCGGCCCGCUACAUCCCACCGGCUCUGCGCGCUCAGCAGCUCGCUUCCAGCGCUGACGAGCGGGCGCGCCGCGCGCAGUUGCGCCGCCGCCUGCAGGGCCAGCUGAACCGGCUGUCGGCGGCCAGUGCGCGCGGCGUGCUGGCGCUACUGGAGGAGCUGUACGCCAGCCACAGUCGGCACGAUACCAGCCAGACGCUCACCGAGCUGGUGCACGAGGCGUGCGUGUCGCCGGCGGCCGUCCGACCCGACCGCAUGGUCAUGGAGCACGUGCUGCUGCUGGCCGCCCUGCACGCCAAUGUCGGAUCUGAAGUCGGCGCACACUUCCUUCUGAUGACGGCCCAGCGGUUCCACAAGCUGCUGAUGGACGAGCAGCGAGACAGCGAGAGCAAGGAGCUGGACUGCCUCGUCAUGCUGCUGGCGCACCUCUACACGUUCAGGGUGACGGACAGCACGGUCAUCUACGACAUUCUGAAGAUCAUGGUGGAGCGCUUCUCACCCAAGGACGUGGAGCUGAUCCUGACCGUGCUGCGCAGCGUCGGCUUCACGAUGCGGAAGGACGACCCGGCCGCGCUGAAGGAGCUCAUUCUGCGGCUGCAGGCCAAGGCGGCCGCCGCCACCGCUGGGGACGGCGCCGAUAGCAGCCGCGUUCGUUUCCUGCUGGACAUAGUGAUGGCUCUGCGGAAUAACAACAUGGCCAAGAUUCCCAACUACGACCCGGUGCUGGGCCAGGAGCUGAACAAGCUAUUGAAGACGCUGGUGAACCCGAGUCAGACGCUGACCGAGCUGAGCAUCUCGCUGGAGGACCUGCUCAAAGCGGAGGAGCGCGGUAAGUGGUGGGUGGUCGGCUCCGCCUGGAGCGGCACACUGAAGGAGCGGCAGACGGCCGACGCUGACCCAGCCACCGGCGGCGGGAGGGGCGCCCAGCCGCCCGCGCCGCCCGCGCAGCAGUACUCUGCCCAGCUGCUGGAACUGGCCCGCCAGCAGCGAAUGAACACCGACCUGAGGAGGAACGUGUUCUGCGUUAUCAUGUCGGCAGAGGACUACCUGGACGGCUUUGAGAAGCUGAUGCGACUCGGUCUGAAGGGGCCACAGCAAGAGCAGGAGAUGGUGACUGUGAUUGUGGGCUGUGCUCUCCGCGAGCGGACCCACAACCCCUACUACAGCCACCUUCUGGAGCGGCUCUGCGCCGUGGAUAGGAAGUACCAGAUGCGUGUGAAGAUCUCCGUGUGGGAGCACCUGAAGCAGCUGCCGUCACUCGGCUCGGGGCCGGCCAGCAACCUCGCCAAGGUGCUGUCUCAUCUCAUCUCGGCCGGCCAGCUCACCAUCGCAGUGCUAAAGGUGGUUGAGUUCUCAGAGAUGUCGAAGCCGAUGGUCCGCUUCCUGCGCCAGCUGCUGCUGGCGCUCCUGAUGUCCGCCGAGGACCCAGACACCAUCCGCGAGCUCUUCCAGCGGGCGUCGGGCGCGCAGCUGAAGCACCUCCGCGACAGUCUGGUGCUGUUCAUACACCACUUUGUGCUGCGGAACAAGAACAAGCUGGCUGACGGGGACACGGUGCAGCGGCUGGAGGAGCGCGCGAAGGUGGCCGUCAGCGCGCUGAAGGCCGUCGAGGGCGCGCUCAGGCUGUGAUGGUGAGCUGCUUGUAGCUCGGCGAGUAUCGUUAUGCGUUGGAGGGUGACAAGUUAUGCGAUGGAUCGGGAGAUUGGUGGGUUAGAAACAAUUUAAUGCCAGUGAGUAUGAUGUUUUCUAUGACGUUUUUUUUUCGUGUGUGAAGUUGUUGCGAGGGCACGGAUGCCGUGCUUUGUGUUUUCUAGCGGAACCAUUUGUUAGGGUGUUGUCAUAGGCCUUCCGCUACGGUUCUUAAGUGUCGGUGCCUUGCUAUUUCCGAUGUAUAAGUCACGAUGAUGAAUACAUAUCAGGUAGGCCGCCGAAUGCCAUACAGAAACACAAGUUUUGA